CCGCCGCACCGGAAGUGUGCUCAGGUGUAAGAAGCCGGUGAACAGUUAUAGGAAAUUGUCCGCAGGGAGAACAUGGCUAACCCGGCUCCCAACAGCAGGCCGUCCAACCCGGACAACCCGCGGGUGUUCUUUGAUGUGGAGGUGGGAGGCGAACAGGUUGGCCGGAUUGUGAUAGAGUUGUUUGCUGAUGUGGUUCCAAAAACGGCUGAAAAUUUCCGAGCGCUGUGCACUGGCGAAAAAGGUAUAGGAGAGACGACCGGGAAGCCUCUUCACUUUAAAGGAUGUCCCUUUCACAGGAUUAUUAAGAAGUUCAUGAUCCAGUGUGGAGACUUCUCAAACCAAAAUGGAACUGGUGGUGAAAGUAUAUACGGAGAGAAAUUUGAGGAUGAAAACUUCCAUUACAAGCAUGACCGGGAAGGCCUGCUCAGUAUGGCCAAUGCCGGCCCCAAUACUAAUGGUUCUCAGUUCUUCAUCACGACUGUCCACACUCCCCAUUUAGAUGGGAAACACGUGGUAUUUGGUCAAGUCCUCAAGGGAUAUGGCAUUGUGAAAAUGCUCGAAAAUGUCGAAGUUAACGAAGAAAAGCCAUCCAAACUGUGUGCAAUAGCAGAAUGUGGAGAGCUGAAAGAUGGAGACGAGUUGGUCAUGCCUCCUUUGGAUGGCUCUGGAGACACCCAUCCUGACUUCCCAGAAGACUCCGAUGUGGAAUUAAAUGAUGUUGAGAAGAUCGUCAGCAUAGCAGAAGAUGUCAAGAAUAUCGGAAACAAUUUCUUCAAGUCUCAAAAUUGGGACAUGGCAAUAAAAAAGUACAACAAGGCUUUAAGAUAUGUGGAAAGCUGUAAAGAUGUCACCGGAGAUGACAACAUUGCAAAGUUAAAUCCAAUUGCAGUAAGCUGCAACCUGAAUAUCGCUGCUUGUAAACUGAAAGGGUCCGACUUCAGAGCAGCAAUUGAGAGCUGCCACGAGGCUCUUGAACUUGAUCCAGCUAAUACAAAAGCACUUUACAGACGGGCCCAGGGCAGGCAGGGUUUAAAAGAUUAUGAGCAAGCACUGGAUGACCUUAAAAAGGCCCAUGAGUUGGCUCCUGAGGACAAAGCCAUCAGCAGCGAGAUCCUUCGGGUCAAGCAGAGGAUUAAAGAACAGAAGGAAAAGGAGAAAGCGGUGUAUGCAAAGAUGUUUGCGUAACGGUUUACAUUGAAGUGAGCAUGCGGUAUGCUGACAAGAACGUCUGGGCGCAUAGUCAAACUGCUGUCCGAUAUAAAACCAAAAGAAAAAAAUGUAGUUUUUCAACCCAGGUGUGAUAUUUCACCUAAGUAUUUCUGAAGGUUUACAGUCUCUCUUUUCAGUUUUUAUUUUUGUCUCCUGUGACACUGCAUGAACUAUGCAACUGGUGGGAUGUGCAGUGUAUUUUUUUUAUCUCUAUUAUUUUUUUUGUGGAUAGGCUUUUAUUGAUCUCAAGCAGCGUUAGCAGUGUUUUCCUUGUAUUUCUCGGUUAUGCCAGGCCUACUCAGCUGAGGUUGCGGACAUCACCCAUCCAACUUUCUCAAGAAGUCUUUGCCUUGUGCUGUAGCAGAUGCACUGAGAACCUGCCCUUGUAUUAAGUAGUCCAGGUGACCUUACUGGAAGCUGCUUGGCAGUCUUGUGGCCUUUGUCUAUGACACCCAGCUGUGUACUCCUUGUCUAACGGUCUAGUAAGGCUCAUUUUUUUUUGUGUUUUUGCAGGAAGAACAGCAAUCCUGUGUAAUCAUGGCUUAUUGUUACAUCAUUCAUAAACUCGAGCAUAGAAUGAA